CUGUGUUGCUUGGGGGAAGGUGGCGCAGAGGACCUGUUGGAAAUGACGGUAGAAGAAGUCGGAUUUCAAUAUAAAGUCCAAAACAGUAAACCUGGAAGAUAGCAAAGAAACUUCACCAGACCUGCGUGCUAAGGGGUGUGACUCACCAUGGAGUCCCUGAUGAGUGCGGUGGCCCCACGGACCCCGGCCCUGUUGAAGAAGGCCACUGAGGUGGACUUCCGGUCGGGGGCCACACUGGAGCAGCUGUCGGCCCAGGUGUCUGAGCUGGUCACCCUGGAGCAGGGGGACUUCGGGGACCAGCUCGCCCUCGAGGUCCACACGGCCAAAGACUUCAUCUUCAACAUGCUGGGCCUUGUACAGAAGGUGGACCAGCGUCUCCCGGUGGCCAAUGAGUACCUGCUCCUGUCUGGGGGUGCCAGGGAGGGGGUUCUAGACCUAAACCCAGAGGAGCUGGGGGACUACGCCAAGGGGGCCGAUUUCGACCUGGACUUCACUCUCCUGGUGCCCGCCCUCAAGCUCCAUGAUCGCAACCAGCCGGUCACCCUGGACAUGCGCCAGUCGGCCCCCUGCCACUCCUGGCUCUCCCUGCGGCUCUGCGACCCCAACACCCAGGCAAGAUGGAGGAUCUGCUGCCAGGAGGAGACAGACUCACCCCCUGACGAUGAUGAUGAGGAAGAGAAAAGGGAAAUGGGUCACAAAGCCUCUGGUGCCGUCCCCCCCUCCCUCUACUCGCCCCACCAGUCUCUGGAUGGCUGCUACAUGUCCCCGGCACUGGUGGCUGACUGGUUCUGGGCAGUGGUGGGUGAGGCGGUGGACGAGCUGAGGCGUUCCCCCAAGAGAGGCAUCCCCGUCCCAGAGAGGCUGGAACGCAACGGGCCCCUGACCACCCUCAUCCUCCAGGCGGGCUCCAGCCGGGUGCUCUAUGACCUGCUGCCAGUGGUGUCCUUCCGGGGCUGGCCCGCCGUGGCCCAGGGCUGGCUGACGGCCAAUCACUUCUGGGACGGGAAGAUCACAGAGGAGGAGGCCAUCUCUGGGUUCUACCUGCUGCCCUGCCCGGCUCCGCUGGGGGGGAGGCCUGACCGGGAGUGGAGGCUGGCCUUCUCACGCAGCGAGGUGCAGCUGAAGAAGUGCAUCCCGUACCCCAUGGCCCAGGCCUUCCAGGCUGCCAAGGCUGUCCUCUCCCGCCUCCUGGCUCGCCCCCGCACUGGCCUCAGCCCCUACCACCUUCGCACCCUCCUCUUCUGGGCCUGUGACCGCCUACCGCCCGCCUACCUCUCCUCGCCUGACCCAGAAACCCCCGCCCGCCUCCUCCUGGGCCUCCUGGAUGAUCUGGCCCACUGCAUCCUGGGUAAGAACUGUCCCAACUACUUUCUGCCCCAGUGCAACAUGCUGGAGCACCUGUUGGACAGCCAAGCCCUGCUGGUGGCCCGGAAGCUGGCCCAUGUCCGGUCUGACCCGACCGAGCACCUACGGGCGGCCCUGGACCAGGCCAGACAGGCGAGCCAGCUGAAGAGCGAAGCGGCGGGCGCGACCAACGGGCACGGAGGGUCGCCCAGGCAAGGUUACCCGGCCAGCGGCAUCAUCUCGCCCUCGGACGACAAACUGGCUGCCAGGCUGCAGCAGCUGGUGACCGAGAACCCUGGGAAGUCGAUUUCUGUUUUUCUCAACCCCGAUGAUGUCACAAGGCCGCACUUCCGCAUCGAUGACAAGUUCUACUGACCUGAGAGUAAUGGUGUGCUAUCGACACACACUCUCUUCAAAACACAUGUAAAACGGCGAGUCAACUAGGAUGGCUCGAGAGUCAAAACACUACAGAGCCUCACUGCUCUCCUAUCCCACCCCCUCCUGGAGGCUAAAGACAAUGAUGCUAACGACGCUGCUGAACUAUGACACUACCAAAAACACCUUUGCACACUCCCAGGAGCAGGAGGCUGACCCGAGAGAGCCCUAGGCUAGAGAAACCAACACUCUUCUAUCCAUUUAGCAGUGAGUGAUGUCAUAAAGAGACCUCACCACAGGAAAAAUGUUUGAGUUACCACGGAGACUGCUGCUCUUUUAUGAGCUUGCUGUAACAAUGGUUUUUUUUAGAAUAAAGAACCGCUUUAGAAUGAAGAAAGCCUGCUGCUGCUCCCAUUCAAUGGCAUUGGUUACCCAAAGGAUUUCUCCUCUCUCCACACUAAUGAGAAACUGUAUUUGCCCCUUUCCCCCCCCUGCCCAAUCAAAGUGGGUGAUAGUACCAGGAUUCUCCAUUUUGUUUUAUAUUCAACUAUGAUGUAACUGAAUGUAAUUUGGUGUGGGGCAAUGUCUUUGAACAAAUAGUAUUUUCUUUCUAUAUGUUUUAUCCCUUUUUCUGUUUGCUCUCUGCCCCUCUCGUUCUCAUGCUUUCUUUCUCUCUCUCCCCCUCUCUCUCAGGUAUUUUUAACAUUGUUCAUUGUUUUUCUAUGUGACUCCAGACUCCCUCUGGGAGGGUUAUGGUUCCCCUCGAUCGAUCUUGAAUGGUAUAACACAGGGUUGUCCUUCCGUUUCAACACUUACUAUGUGACGUAACACACCAAAGAGCCACUGGAUGGGUGUUUCGGGGAGCCUUUGCUUCUUCAAUCUACCACCCCAUAAGAAAGGUAUCUGUACUCACUGACCCAGAGUCAGUCUGUACUCUUAAAGGAAAGAUUCACCCAUUUAUUUUUUUUUAAUGCUAUAUUAUUUUUGUUCAUCUCAGCGACGUUAUCUGUCUUCCCGGGGUAAUUUCAUGUUUAUCUGAGCUAUUGCAGUUCAAGCAGACCGAAAUAAAGCCGCUCUCACUACACUGGAAGUUAAUUUGAAUACGACUUUUCGAUCGCGAAAACGUCUAUCAUGCAUGUCACAUUUCAAUACUGGCUUGAUGUCAUGUCGCAGGAGGUUAUUUUCUCUCAAAUUAGCCAAUGAUCAUAGUUUUGCAAUAUUCCUACCUCGGAAUGUCUUAUAAGAGGGUCCACCACAUUUCUCCUAUUUGUCUGCUUCUUCAGUGCAUUGUAUGGUGCCGUUGCGAAUGUCAGACUCCUCUCUCUGAGGUACAUCGAUCUGCAGGUUGAACAUGGUGAGAUUGUAUACUCCUCAAUUCAUAGUGCAGGUUAGGUGAUUUUUACAGCCAACUCGUUACUUCACAUGCUGAUAUUGCCUUUGCUGUUGUUGUGUCUAGCUACGCUUGUUAGCUAGCUACCGACCAAGCUAGCCAGCCAGCCAGGCCAUAGAGGUAGCAUUGCAUUGUGGGUUUGGUUGUCGAUCUGAGCUGCAACAGAUUUACACAUGUUGCUACCAACCUUAUUAUAACGACAAAAUGAAACAUUUGUUCACCAGAAAUAUUGAUCUCACACAGUGUUAUUUAACACUGUAAAUUAUACCAAUUAGUGGUUUUGGGUGGAUUUUGUCUUUAACGCUCAUAUUCCCCACCUUUACCUUCCAGACCAACAUGCCCCUCAGCGGUCACCUCAUCAACUUGCCUCGAUUCAGAGGGGUUGGGUUAAAUUCGGAACACCCAUUUUCAGUUGAAGACGUUCAGUUGUACAACUGACCAGUUAUCCCCCUUUCCCUUUAUCCCAUGAAAGCUUGAAGCAGCAGUUUAUCAUCAAAUAAGAGUAAUAUCACAGGGGCUAUAAACUUUGAUUCAGUUAUUUUCUUACAGUCCCUUCUGAAAAUGUGUACCAUGGUACAGUUUACAUUGGGGCUUUAAUGGUGGGAUGUGGUCAUUACAUGUUGUAUGAUAUUAACAAACUACCUAUAUUGGUCCGGAAAGGAGGAGAGGUAGUGUUAGCUGCUGAAAUGGUUGGCACACUGCUCGAUUGUAUUCUCGUCUUCAUGUUACGAAAUGAAAGCACUGCCAUGGCUUGGCUAGGCUACAUCAUGUCAUCUGUAUGAGGCUUGUGUAAGGGCUAUUUUCUUUGUUCCACUUUUGUGUAUGAAGAUGGGGAGGUUUUCAUGGUUUGUGGUUGCAACUCAGAGGAAAAGCUUUUUGUCUUGUCUCAGAUUUUAAUUGGAGGAAACUUGACUGGUUUUGUAAUGGUCCCUCUCUCGCUCUUCUGCUUGGUUUGCCUGUUUUAAUAAGCUGUGUGUGAUCGGACCACUGAUCAAGCUCUUUAAAUGUGCUGAUGGAGAGUUAAAGAUCCAGAGAGAUGGAACAGGAACAAAUGCACAGCAGGACACAAACACCCAAUGUGCUAGCCUCCAUUCCACAUCCCCUUGUGCCCUCCUCUCUCUCUCUCUGUGUGAGAGACUUGGGGGGCCUUAUCUUGUCCACCCAGAUGUGUUGGAUGGGGAGACGGGCCAGCCUCUGGCCCUUUGUACAGAUUAGUGGUAAAGGAUGGGGCUGCUGGGAACUGGGACAGCUGCUUGUCUGUCUCGUUGUAUAUCUGUCUCGUGUUCUCAUUAUAUAGCUGCGUGUCUCCUCUCGUUUUCCUUCUAUAACUUCCCAUCCAAUGAGUGGAAGUCACAUCUCCUGAAUACAAACAGUAUCAACACCUUUCCAUCAUCAGAUUGGCUCUAAUCGGCAUUAGCUUAGACUGAGGGUGUGUCCAAAAUGGCACCCGAUUCCCUAUAUAGUGCACUUCUGCCCCAUGGUCCCCCGGUCAAAAGUAGUGCACUGUAUAGGGAAUAGGGUGCCAUUUAAGACGCACAGAGUAUCAGAGGUGCUUGUUGAAUAUCAUUAGUGGAACGUCAUGGUGGACAUCAAUCGAGCAUCAUCGGAACACUAAAUCAAAUAACAUGUGCCGAGUUCAACAGGUGUAACCUUACAACAAAGCAGUUUUAAGAAAAAUAAGUCUUAGGUAAAAAAUAGAUAAGUAAGAAAUAAAGUGAACAAAUAAUUAAAGAGCAGCAGUACCCCAGGGGGUACCGGUACAGACUAUGUGCGGGGGCACCGAUUAGUCGAGGUAAUAUGUAUGUAGAGUUAGUGACUAUACAUAGAUAAUAACCAGAGAGUAGCAGUGUAAAACAGGAUGGAGGGACAAUGCAAAUAGUCUGGGUAGCCAUUAGAUUAGCUGUUUAGGGAGUAGAAGCUGUUAAGUCUUUUGGACCUAGACUUGGCUCCGCGGUACCGCUUGCCGUGUGGUAGCAGAGAGAACAGUCGAUGACUAGGGUGGCUGGAGUCUUUGAACAUUUUUAGGGCCAUUUGACACACCGCCUGGUAUAAAGGUCCUGGAUGGCAGGAAGCUUGGUGAUGUACUGGGCCGUACGCACUACCCUCUAGUGCCUUGCGAUCGGAGGGCGAGCCGUUGCCAUACCGGGCAGUGACGCAAACAGUCAGGAUGCUCUCGGUGGUGCAGCUGUAGAACUUUUUGAUGACUCAUGCCAAAUCUUUUCAGUCUCAUGAGGGGGAAUAGGCUUUAUCGUGCCCUCUUCAAAUCAAAUUUAUUGAUAUAGCCCUUCUUGCAUCAUCUGAUAUCUCAAACUGCUGUACAGAAACCCAGCCUAAAACUCCAAACAUUAAGCAAUGCAAGUGUAGAAGCACGGCUGUCUUGGUGUGUUUGGACCGUGAUAGUUUGUUGGUGUACACCAAGGAACUUGAAGCUCUCAACCUGAUCCACUACAUCCCUGUCGAUGAGAAUGGGGGUGUGCUCUGUCCUCUUCCUGUAGUCCACAAUCAUCUCAUUUUGUCUUGAUCACAUUGAGGGAGAGGUUGUUGUCCUGGCACCACAUGGCCAGGUCUCUGACCUCCUCCCAAUCGGCUGUCUCGUCGUUGUCGGUGAUCAGGCCUACCACUGUUGUCGUCGGCAAACUUGAUGAUGGUGUUGGCUUCGUGCCUGGCCAUGCAGUCAUGGGUGAGCAGGGAGUACAGGAGGGGUCUGAGCACGCACCCCUGAGUGGCCCCUGUGUGGAGGAUCAGCAUGGCAGAUGUGGUGUUGCCUACCCUUACCACCUGGGGGGUAAGGGUAGGCAAGAUGUUUAAAGAGUUGAAAUUGACUCCAGCAUUUCUUUCCUAUAAGAUUUGGGUCAGUUUAAAGUAUAUCUAUAUUCUAAAACAGUUUUACAUGCUUUCAGGAAGUCCAGGAUGCAGUUGCAGAGGGAGGUGUUUAGUCCCAGAGUCCUUAGCUUAGUGAUGAGCUUUGAGGGCACUAUGGUGUUGAACGCUGAGCUGUAGUCAAUGACUAGCAUUCUCACAUAGGUGUUCCUUUUGUCCAGGUGGGAAAGGGCAGUGUGGAGUCAACAGAGAUUGUGUCAUCUGUGGAUCUGUUGGUGCAGUAUCUGGGAGGAUGCUGUUGAUGUGAGGCAUGACCAGCCUUUCAAAGCACUUCAUGGCUACAGACGUGAGUGCUAUGGGUUGGUAGUUAUUUAGGCAGGUUACCUUCGUGUUCUUCGGCACAGGGACUAGGGUGGUCUGCUUAAAACAUGUUGGUAUUACCGACUCAGUGAGGGACAGGUUGAAAAUGUUAGUGAAUACACUUGCCAGUUGGUGAGCGCAUGCUCGGAGUGCACGUCCUGGUAAUCCGUCUGGCCCUACGGCCUUGUGAAUGCUACAGGUCUUUGAAAACUUUUCUUUGAUUUGAUAUUCUAUAUUCUCUGGAAUGUGAUAGAAUCACUACUUUAUUGGUACUGCAUAUAUUGGGUACAGUACUACUAUAUCAGUAUUGAUACUGUUUUUGAAUAGCUUCUGUUAGUGGAGUGAAUUAGGAGCUACUGAUGAAUUGUGUGGGUGCUUCUGUUCUUUAUAGCCUUGGUACAGGUGAGUGUAUGAAUGAAAAGGACACCUUGACAAACCAAAGAAUGUAGUGUUGCUGACAAUACAGAAGGAUGAACACCCCGAGGAUAGAGUUGAGUGCGGGUAUGUAAACUGCAAAGUAAUCAAAUUAAGUGUAUUGGUCGUGUACACAGAUUUGCAGGUGUAGCGAAAUGCUUGUUUCUAGCUCCGACAGUGCAGUAAUACCUAGCAAUAUAACAAAAUAAGCACAAUCCAAAAAAAUGUAUUAAAUAAAUUAAGAGAUAUCAAUAUGAGAAGUAUAAUAUAGAAGUAUAUGUGUGUGGGUGGGUGGUCCUAGCACUUUCAAGGUGGUGGUUUUCGACACACCACAGCCUGACGUUGUAAUAAUGUUCAUGAACGUUGCCUUGAGCAUUUAUGCAAGUUGUCAGCAUGGUUGAGACUUCCUUUUGUCAUGUUUUUCCUUCCUGAAUGCUUCCCUAAGUUUUAAACGCGCCACAGUUCAACGUUGUAGUGAAGUUGUUAGAACAUUGACAGACUUCCUGAAUGCUCCCCUGAAGUUUUAAAUUCAGUGCCAGCGUUUGAAAUAUGCAAUGUCAGGUGUAUCUCACUGUGUACUGCCUAGUUAGUAGGCAUAUACAUUAGUAUGAGGCUUUAGCCUAUCUGUGAUAAAUGGAAACGUACACAAUUUGAUACUGGUGCCGAAUGUCAAGGUCAAAAGUUAACAGCAGCAGUGCUAUGCAAUCGUUUACCCAAUCUAACUUCUAAUGGACUAUCUGCUGCAGACAUGGCUGUUUUCAGCAAUAUAAGGUAAUUGUACUGCUAAAACUACUAAAUGUUAUAUUAUUGUGUGCUUAAACUACUGAUAAUUGUUUUUGAUUGAAAAUGAACAAAUAAUGAAUGUAACCAAUGUUACCUCCUUGACUCACUCAAUUAAUUAAAAUAUAGUUGAAAAAAAGUUUUCCAUGCAAAUCCUGACUGAAUUACCAUAUAAAAGAGCUGCAAUAUCGUCAAUGACUCCACCCCAUAUCUGGAAAUAUUUGCCAUUUAAAACUUGACUACUUUCUACUUCCUCUUCCUUCAUAAAGUGCAAAUUAACUUUAUCAUGAAUGUUUUGCUGUAUUUAUUUUCUCUGGGUUGUGUUGAAUGAUGAUCAGUGAUGGUACUGCUGUAGCAUGUAAUAAAUCUACAUCUUGAUCACUA